UGCAUGUCGAUUUGGGAAAUAAGUCGAACAAUUCAAGUCGAUGCAGAGUCUCAGCCGAGAGGCAGAAAUAACCAUUUUUAAAGCAUAAUUUAAUUACAUUGAAAUGGCUACACCACUUCUAACGAGAGCUGCAGAGAUAAACGUCACUCCACGAGGUGACCAACCAAUCAUUGCAGACUAUGUAGAGAUUUACCAGCAGCAUGAAGAUCAGAUUCUUCUUCCAGAGGAAGCGCAGUGUCUUGCCGUCAAGACGUUCCUCCAUAUGUGCAACAUCAAUUACCACAAGAAGAUGCGCUACAACGCAGAACAGAUGUCUCCCUCAAAGGGCUUGCCAUUUAUCAAAAUUGGACCGCUGAUUGUCGCUGACUUUGACCCUAUAGUUGAACACUUAUCCUCAAAGGGUGUGUGUUUAACAUCAGAACUGAGUGGAUCUCAAAAGGCUGAACUGAAAGCCUACUUGUCUCUUACUGUCAACAGAUUGCAUCUAGCUGAGCUUUACAUAACAUGGCGUGAUAAGCUAACAGUGGAAGAGAUCACAAAGGAGCGGUAUGGCUCUUCAUAUCCAUGGCCACUCAAUAAGGUCCUGCCGUGGUUCAAACAGCGAGAAAUAGGCAGGUACCUCCAGGCAAAGGGGUGGUAUGAGAAGUCUAUUGACCAGGUUUAUACAGAAGUGAACUUGUGUUGUAAGGCACUCUCACAUAAACUAGGUGAUCAGUAUUAUUUCUUCAUUGACCGCCCAACAGAGCUAGAUGCUCUGGUGUUUGCACACCUGCAUGCGUUAUUGACAACGGAGCUGACUAGUGCCAGGCUGGCCGACAUCGUUAAGGAAUACGAGAAUCUUACCAGGUUCUGCGAUCGAAUUCAUCAGAGAUAUUACGUUGAGGACGCUGGAGAAAGUUGAACCUUACUAAAUGGCCUCCUUCCAGAUUCUGAAGAAAGCACAUAAUUUAUUUUUUGAAGUGUUUUAUGCUGGUUUCAUUUUAAGGAACCAUCUUCUCAUUUGAGUGGUUUAUGUUGGUUUCAUACACAAACUGCCUCUGAGUGUCAAAUGAGAGCGGAAUCGUGCCAUGUGAUCUGCACAAUUGUGGUCUACUCUCCGUCUGGUUCCCAGCAGUAUUACCAGUAUGCUUGAUGAAUUUCGAGAAUAAGAAAGGGCAAGACUAUGAUAUUUGUCAGUGUUUAGAUCUGUAUGGAUGUACAUUGAUGCAAAACAUGAUAUUGUUUGCUCCUGGGCGAACCACUAGUGAUUUACUCUCAGUGCAGAGUGGACAAAGAUAUUGAAAAAAGGAAGACGUCUUUUGACACCUCAAGCCUGCCCUCUGUUGAAUUAUUGUUGCAUGCAAUUUUGUUUUUUCCCCAUCUUGUCAAGUAUUGAUGUCAUUGAUGCAUGAUUGAUAAAGACUUUACACAACAUUGAUACACUGUUUGAGUGUUUUGGACAAUUAUGUCACAGUUGAUGUCACAGAGCCCUCUGCUAUUAAAAGGAAACCAACAGCGUAAGAUAACACCAAAAGAGGGCGCCCUUUUAAAUGUAAAAUCAUCAAUUUUUAUGAACAAUGUAUGGGAGUUUUAACUUGUAGUUGCAUGCUGAAGAACAACCAACAUCUAGUCUAUGGGAGAAAAAAACACAUGAACAAUUUCAUGUGUAAUGCAUGUUGAAGUAAUAAUGACGGAUCAGAAUUUGUUAAUUGCAUAAAUUAUGUAAAUGGUCAUUUAAUGUUAAUGUAGCAAAUACAUGGUGACAAUUUCUCAAGCCAUUGAUCGAUCUUGGAUGAAUGUUAAGUUCAAAUUAAUCAUAGAUUUCGCAGUUUGAAAUGUUCUGAAACGUGAAAUUUGAACAAACAUAAAAUAAUUAAAAACGUGACAUGCUAGUGAAACUGCAACCAACCACUUACAGUACACAGUGCAGUGGCCCACAUGGUUCUAGUUUCAUAUGUAAUUAAACGAUGACUGAUUUUCAUUAACAUUUAUUUGAAUAUAUGAAUAAAUUAAAACACCACCGCUCGCUCAUCAACUA